GACUUGUUCUCUCGUCAUACAAGCGUACUCUACUAAAUUCGGAUUUAUAUAUCUAUGCAUGUUAUACGUAUCUAGUAAUUUAGGUGAUGGGCACCCUGUAUGAAAAAGUAUAAAUAUCGUACCAUUCCUUUUUUUUUGGGAAAUUAGUCAAACUCCCAGCUACUGGUUUUCUUCUAGCGUGGGAUGUAUGGGACCAAAUAACUAUAUAUGAAAGGAAGCCUACAAAUUAAUUCAUGGAAAGCACGUUCAAGAAGUGGCCUACCACAUAGAAAAACAAAACAAAUAAACAAAACAAGGAACAAAUGCCCUUGAAAAAACAAAAGGUUAAUUCCAAGUCUAGGCCUAAUUAUUUGUAUAUAAUAUACAUGCAUAGCCAGCCAUUUUUCCCACCGGCAAAACCAAUAUUAUCAACAAAUGAGCAGGAAAUAUGCAAGACUGUGUGGUGCCCGGCCGACUGUUUGUCUUCCAAUCCUUUCACUGUCUCUCAGGUCGAAACGCAAGUCUAGACGGCGUUCCGGUUCCGUCGAAGCUACUACUGAUUAUAACAGCACAAAGUUCUUGAAGAAUAUUAGCAGCAGGGGGGAUGACGACUUGGGUAGUACUGCAGAAGAUGUGAAAAAUGGGAACAAGAUAAUGGUUGUUGUGGAUUCAAGCCUUGAAGCUAAGGGAGCUCUCGAAUGGGCACUAUCCCACACUGUGCAACCCCAGGACACCAUUGUUCUUCUUCAUGUAGCUAAACCCUCCAAACAAGAAGGUGCAGACUCAAAUGGGAGCACUAAUUUAAGGGACUUUGAACUGCUUCGCUCGAUGAAAAAUGUGUGCCAAAGGAAAAGGCCUGGGGUGGAAGUGGAGGUAGCAUUGCUUGAAGGGAAAGAAAAGGGCCCAAUAAUAGUGGAAGAAGCAAAGAGACAAAGGGUGUCCCUACUUGUUCUUGGCCAAAAAAGAAAGAGGUCGACGUGGUGGCAGCUAAUCAAGAGGUGGACAAGGAGCAGAUCAUCAGGGGAGGUUUUUGUGGAAUACUGCAUUCAAAAUUCUGCAUGCAUGACGAUUGCUGUGAGGAGAAAGAGCAAGAAAUUGGGAGGUUACUUGAUCACCACUAAGCUUCACAAGAAUUUCUGGCUUCUAGCUUGAUUGAAAUGUGUGCAAAUCACAGUUUGACGUGUGCACAAAUUUUUUUUAUACUGAAAUUCAAGAAAAUAUUUUUGCAUACAUGUCAAAUUCUGAUUGGAAAUGAUUUCCACACACUUAUUUGCUUGUCCAUGCACACUCUUGUUUUUUUCUCGCAUUUUGAUGUAAUAAGUCAAACGAGAAUUGAGAGACAA